GGUUGUUUACGUCAGAGAUCAACGACACAAACAACCGUACGACGCACAAGACUCGUUGCAAUCUGUGACCCAAUUUCAUUUUUAUUUAAACUUAACGUCGUGAAAUCACAAUGGGACGUGAGUCGAGACAUUACAGGAAACGGUCCGCGUCUCGGGGGCGGUCAGGCAGCCGAUCAAAGAGUCGGUCCCCGGACAAACGAUCCAAGAAAGACGACCGAGACCGAAGCAGGAGAGAGAGAUCACGGAGCCGGGACCGCCGCAGGUCCCGGUCCAGAGACAGGAAGCGAGCCAGGCGCACCAGGAGCAGAGAGAGGAGGAGAUCCAGAAGUCGAGACAGGAGGAGAUCUGGCAGCAGAACCCGAGCACGGAGGUCCCGAUCGGCCAGUCCCAGCAAGAGCAGGAAAACAGAUGAAAAGCCAAAGAGCAAAGAGAAAGACGUUCUCGAUGCUUUAUCCGAGAAGAAAAAGGUUAAAGAGGAGAAAGAAGAUGAAAAGGUUGAGGACCAAGAUUUUGACCAGAACAAGCUGGAGGAAGAGAUGAGGAAGAGGAAGGAGCGAGUGGAGAAGUGGAGGGAGGAGCAGAGGAAGAAAGCCAUCGAAAACAUCGGCGAGAUCAAGAAGGAACUGGAGGAGAUGAAGCAGGGCAAGAAAUGGAGUCUGGAGGAUGAUGACGACGAUGACGACGAGGGUUCAGCCCUGAUGGAGGGAGACGAUGACGAAGAUGGGGAUGCAAAGGGGGAAAAGAAAGAUAAAGAUAUGAAGGAAGAGAAGAAAGAGGAGGAGGAGAAGGAGGCUGCCAUGGAUCUGCAGGCCGAGGAAGACGACGUGGAUCCUCUGGACGCUUACAUGGAGGAGGUCAAACAGGAGGUGAAGAAAUUCAACAUGGGAGCCAUGAAAGGAAAUGAUAAGAAAGGAGCGAUGACAGUAACCAAAGUGGUGACAGUAGUCAAAACCAAAAAAGGAAUUCACACUCACAAGAAGAAGGGUGAGCUGAUGGAGAAUGACCAGGACGCCAUGGAGUAUUCGUCAGAGGAGGAGGAGGUGGAUCUGCAGACGGCUCUGACGGGCUUCCAGACCAAACAGAGGAAGGUCCUGGAGCCUGUCGACCACGGGAAAAUCCAGUACGAACCGUACCGCAAAAACUUCUAUGUGGAGGUGCCUGAGUUGGCCAGGAUGACGGUAGAAGAAGUGAAUGCGUACAGGCUGGAGCUGGAAGGCAUCAUAGUCAAGGGGAAGGGCUGUCCCAAACCCAUCAAGACCUGGGUGCAGUGCGGGGUAUCGAUGAAGAUCCUCAACGCUAUGAAGAAGCAUAGCUACGAGAAGCCCACGCCCAUCCAGGCCCAGGCCAUCCCCGCCAUCAUGUCGGGUCGGGACCUAAUCGGCAUCGCUAAGACCGGCAGCGGCAAAACCAUCGCUUUCCUUCUGCCCAUGUUCCGACACAUCAUGGACCAGAGGCCCCUGGAGGAGUCUGAGGGACCCAUAUCGGUAAUCAUGACUCCAACCAGAGAGCUGGCUCUGCAGAUCACAAAGGAGUGCAAGAAGUUCUCUAAAUCGCUGGGACUCAGGGUGGUGUGUGUUUACGGAGGAACGGGUAUCAGCGAGCAGAUCGCUGAGCUGAAGAGAGGAGCUGAGAUCAUCGUGUGCACGCCGGGAAGAAUGAUUGACAUGUUGGGGGCCAACAGCGGUCGGGUAACGAACCUGCGCAGAGUAACGUACGUGGUGUUGGAUGAAGCAGACAGAAUGUUUGACAUGGGCUUCGAGCCACAGGUGAUGCGCAUCGUUGACAACGUGCGUCCCGACCGCCAGACGGUCAUGUUCUCCGCCACGUUUCCCAGAGCCAUGGAGGCUCUGGCUCGUAGGAUCCUGGCGAAACCCAUCGAGGUCCAGGUGGGAGGUCGCAGUGUCGUCUGCUCGGACGUGGAGCAGCAUGUGCUCGUCAUCGAUGAGGACAAGAAGUUCCUGAAGCUGCUGGAGAUUUUGGGUCACUACCAGGAGAAGGGAUCUGUUAUCAUUUUCGUGGACAAGCAGGAGCAUGCGGACGGGCUGCUCAAAGACCUGAUGAAAGCCUCGUACCCCUGCAUGUCUUUACACGGAGGGAUCGAUCAGUACGACAGAGACAGCAUCAUCAACGAUUUUAAGAACGGAGCGUGUCGCCUGAUGGUGGCCACGUCUGUGGCAGCCAGAGGCCUGGACGUCAAGCAGCUGAUCCUGGUGGUCAACUACAACUGUCCCAACCACUACGAGGACUACGUCCACAGGGCGGGACGCACGGGCAGAGCAGGCAACAAGGGUUACGCCUACACCUUCAUCACAGAGGAUCAGGUUCGAUACGCCGGCGACAUCAUCAAGGCUCUGGAGCUGUCCGGCUCGCCUGUCCCACCAGAACUGGAGCAGCUUUGGGCUUCGUUCAAAGACCAACAGAAAGCGGAAGGUAAAACCAUUAAAAGCAGCAGUGGCUUCUCAGGAAAAGGCUUCAAGUUUGACGAGACCGAGCACGCCCUGGCCAACGAGAGGAAGAAGCUGCAGAAAGCUGCUCUGGGACUGCAGGACUCUGAUGAUGAGGAUGGAGCCCUGGACAUUGAGGAGCAAAUCGAAAGCAUGUUCAACUCCAAGAAGAGGGUGAAGGAUCUCUCUGCUCCCGGGGCGGCAGCGGGUCAAGCUGGAACUGUUGCCUCUACUGCAGCUGCCCCAGGAGGACUGCCGGGCAUCGGGCCUACGUCUGCUGGAAACAUCCAGAAGCUGGAGAUGGCCAAAAGGCUGGCGCUCAAGAUCAACGCCCAGAAGAACCUGGGUGCUGAGGCACAGGACGUGAUGCAGCAGGCCACCAACGCCAUCCUGCGCGGCGGCACCAUCAUGACGCCGUCCGUGUCGGCCAAGACCAUCGCCGAGCAGCUGGCGGAGAAGAUCAAUGCCAAACUGAACUACACCCCCGUGGAGAAGCUGGAGGAGGAGCGGCAGGCGGCGGAACAGGCCGAGACCGUUAAGAGAUACGAAGAGGAGCUGGAGAUCAAUGACUUUCCUCAGACGGCCAGGUGGAAGGUGACGUCUAAAGAAGCUUUGCAGAGGAUCGGUGAAUACUCUGAAGCCGCCAUCACCAUCCGAGGAACCUACUUCCCUCCUGGCAAAGAGCCAAAGGAAGGAGAGCGCAAGAUCUAUCUGGCUAUUGAGAGUGCAAAUGAACUGGCUGUGCAGAAAGCCAAAACGGAGAUUACACGGCUAAUCAAGGAAGAGCUCAUUAGAUUACAAAACUCAUACCAGCCGACGAGCAAAGGCCGGUACAAGGUGUUGUAGAGGAGCAGCCGGGCGUCACCGGAGGCGGUUUCCAUCCGUCAACAGACGCCGUCUCUGCGCUUUCACUUACGGAGUGGCCCAAGCAUAUUUUAGGCUAUAUUUUUUUUUUUGUCUCCUUCGUUUAUUUGUCCUUCUGGUGAUUUUAUAAUCCGCAAACCACAAAAAAAAAAAAUAAAUAAACGGCCUCCAAGACCCCCGGAGUCAUCAGACGUGCACAAAUCUACAACGAGCUGUCUGCAAUAUGUCUUUAGAUAUAAGACCCUUUUUCUUUAAUGUUAAGUUGUUGUUGUUUUGUUGUUGUUUAUUAUUUUGGAGGGGGGGUUAUGUACAAGCAACAUACCAGCCAUUGUCUUUUAUGAAGAGGGGCUUAAAUGAAAGAUGCUUUUACUUUUCCUCCUAAUAAAACAAUGCGUUGCUAAGGAAA